AACCUUUAAAACAGUCUGCCUCAGCAGCUAUCCUCUCUUUUUUCCUCCUGAUGACGAUCGCUUGAGUUGUGAUCGAAAGAUCGUAGCUUUUCGUUACUUUUUUGUUAUUUUCAUUGAACCUAUCUACAUGACUUUACCGAAAGACCCAAAGAAUAAGGGAAAUUAUAUGUAAUAUGCCACUGCUGGCGGUCGGGCAUCCACUAGCAGGAGGAGAGCGCUUAAGAGCUACUACCCCUCAGGGUAAUUGGCCUACUCUUCCACGCUAGCCAGAGGUGGGAGUACCGACACUUUACACCAGCACAUGCAACCUGUCAAUCGACCAACUGUGUUGUUACCAAUUUUUCCUCCUGUGUAGACAGAGGUGGUAGUGGGGGAUUCAAGACACUUAUUGUUUAAACUGACACGCAAGGAGAUGGAACUGGUGGCAGCUUUUGGAUUACACGUCCGGUGUGCUUACCAUUCAUUUACAUCGCAGUAACACCCGCUUCUUCUAUUUAUCUCCGUUAAAUUGUUAUCUGAUAUGUUACAAAUACAUGAUCAUUUUAUAUUAAAAUACUGUAUGAACAGAAUGGCAUUAAACUUGCAAUUUCAUGGAUGAAGUCACGAAUUGUGUGUGACGCACGAAUGUCUGUCCUAAAAUAUACUCAGCCCAGGAUAUUGUCAGUUCUAUUAAACGCGAAUAUUAAUCCCCUUUCGUAUAGUGACAACGACAUCGUCAGUACCUUCGUGAUUAUAACAGACGGUGUGUCAGACCGAGCGGGUCACGCGUUUGCCGUUUGUUACAGAGGUUUGUGUUCUGGACCACGGCCAGCUUAUUAACCAGAAAAUAUAUACACUGCUUCAAAGGGAACUAUAAAGAUUCCAUGAUGUUAUUUGACAAAGAGUAUGAGGACACGUGUGUUCGACAUCAUGGUCCAAAUUUGGCAAAUCACUUCAUUGGGAAAUGCAAAGCAGUCGUUGUCCCCUGUCUAUAAAGAAACCCAACAAGGAACCCUCCUGAAAAGAGAUCUUGAGAAUCAGAGAGGCACUCCAGGUUAACUAAUGUAAUCAUAGCUAGACAGUCUUUCAUCUUUCAUCUAAGACCACCCCCUGACCAGGAGCAAUGGUUUUUUCCAUACGUUAAAUAGGUGUUCUCACUUGCACGUCGACUCACUUGAGAAAGUGUGCCCGUGCAUCCUCGCUGUGCUGUCUAGUUUCUCUCUGCUGUCUCCCUUAAAUUCUGCAUAACAGAAAGAGGUGACGUUUGCAUGGUCUCAGCGAGGAUAUGGGGUAAAAAAUGUAAAUGUUGCAUGGGGUCAUUAACCAGAGCUGAGAAAAUCCGAGUAAAAUUCUGCAAGCCAUAUUCAUCAAACGAACGCAACAUCAACUGCAUCGGCCACCAUGAACCUGUCGGAGUUCUCCGGCUUCAUCGGCGAGGAGGCCACGACCGGUUGCCUGCACUACAUCCUCGGCAGCGGAGCGGGGAGCUCUUCGAACGAGUCCUUGAGGGACGGACGAGACGACGACUCUGUGCCCAAGUUGCUGAUCGGAGCGCAGCAGCAGGAACCCGCGUAUGCGCGAGUCCCGAUGACGCUCUUUUACUCGGCCGUCUUCACCCUGGGCAUGCUGUUCAACGGGGCAAGCAUUCUCACACUUCUCUUGAAUUCACACCUCAAAGGCAAUGUGGUGCGGAGCUACCUGCUGAGUCUCACCGUGGCUGACAUCCUGUUACUUCUCACGGUGCCCAUCACACUCUACCGCUCCUACUGGCACUACCACACCUGGCAGCUGGGCAACGUCACCUGCAAGCUCUACUUCAUGCUGCGGCAGGUGUACUCCUCUGCUACGAGCUGGACCAUCACGGCCUUCACGGUGGAGCGCUACGUCGCCAUCUGCCGCCCGCUCCACUCCGUGUGGGCCCGGCGUCAGCGCCUCAAGCCGCGCGCGCCGCUCGCUCUGCUGGCGCUCGUCUGGCUCCUUGCGCUGCUCAGCUCGGCGCCCUUCGCGUUCACCUUCGGCGCCGCGCCGGCGUGCAUCCUCGACUACACGGUGCAGCCGGGCAGCCGGGACGGGCGCGGCGUGCUGCGAGCCUCGACGGUGUGCGAGCUCACCGAGCGGGAGCCCUUCCGCGCCUACGGCGGUGCCAUCGCCGCGCGGGCAGCCCUCUGCUUCGCGCUGCCGCUGUGCGCCAUCGCCACGCUCCACGCGCUCAUCUACCGCAGGCUCAGGAGGCGGUGCGGGCAGCGGAGCGCUGGUGGCGGAGGAGCGGGGCGAGCAGGAGGAGGGGGGCGAGGAGGAGGAGGGGGGCGAGGGCUGGACGCGGGCAGAGGCGCGCGCAGCCACGCGGUGCCGUGCGUGGUGGCACGGCAGCAGGACGAGCGCAAGGCGCUCAAGUUGCUCGGUGCCGUGGUGGCCGCUUUCUUCCUCUGCAACUUUCCCGAGACGGUGCUCUCCUUGGUUCACAUCCACACGGGCCAGUGGAGCCAGGAGGUGCACGCCACGUACACGCGGCUCAAGUUCUACCUCUCGCUGCCCGCGUGGUACGCAAACAGCGCCGUCGACCCGCUCCUCUUCUGCAUCGCCUCGCGCUGCUUCCGCUCGGCGUGUCGGCACACUCUUACGUCGCUGCUCGACCGCGCUGCCCUCGCCCUGCGGCUGCUCCUUCCGAAGCGGAGGGUGACGCUGGCGGUGCUGCGCUCAUCCUCGUGGAGCCCGCCCGAGGCCGAGACCGCCGGCGGGCCCGCAUCGGCGGGGACGCCGCUGCUGCUGUCGUUCAGGCGGGGGGUCACGUCGCCGCCGCUGGCGGGGUCACGCGUGCUGCCGGUGGUCACGGUGGUCACGGUGGCGGAUGACUCCUCGCACUCCCUGCCGACCGCGCGGUCUCCCGCGUGGUCGGCAGGGAUGGCCCGCAGGGGGUCGAGUGGCGUCCUCGAUCGCGAAGAUUAGCUCCGCGGGAGCUCAUCCGUAGUUGAAAAAAAAUGUAAUUUCAAAUGUGUUCGCAACGAACAUUUCUCUCUGUAGUUGGGCAGAUGGGGUCUCAGAAGUUGUUCUGCAAAAUCUGCUUAUCACGGGCUGAUUUCAUAAUACGUGGGGUUGCAAUACCACGUCACGUUACUUGACCCCGAUGGUAUAACUUAAAUACAACAGAGACAACCACAACAAUAAAAGCGAAAGAGUUUGAAGCACACUUAUAAGUGUCACGUCACUGGUUUCUCGUGCUAGCCAACAUUAUUGUGGCUGUUAUAUGAAUUCGCAAUUCGAUUUGACCGUUCCUUUUGUAAGCCAGUGGAAGCCGAGUGAGGUACGUAUCAUUGGUCCGAUGCACAUCUUUCUGAAACAGCCGAGACACACACACUUGGUGAUUUGCUUUCAUUGUGUUCAUGGAGACAUCGGCAGAAGUUAUCGCCAACAAUCCGCGUGACCAUGCACAUUUGCCAAAAUGUGUUAUGUUCAUAAGUUCGAUCCCAGACCCUGACGCCUGUAUCGAUGGAUACCGAAAACGUCGUGUUUUAUUUUAUUAUUUUUUCUAUCUACGUGACUUUUCCAAAAUAACUAGAGAGUAUGGAUUCCUGCAGUCACGAAAGCUUCAAAUAAAGACUGUAUAUAUGGAGUUGUCAUGUUCUCUGCCCGUGGUGGUCCUGUGGAUUUUUUCACCGGGUCCUCCGGUUUUUCCCUCCACAUUUAGAAACAUGCGUUUAGAUUAUUUGACUCCGACUAUAAGUUAAACGCGUGACGAUAAGCCGCUUCGAUGGGCUAUCGUGUGGCUAGGGCGCCUCUAAAAAGAACUGCUAGCUCAGUGGGCUUUACCUGAUAAAGUAAAAUAGUUAAAAUCUUGACUUAAAGCUUUCGAGACUGCAGGAAUUCAUCUUCUUGGGUC